AUGGAUCACGGAGAUGAAAACGGCGCCUCAUGCCUCGGUGCCUAUCCCUUCCGCACCACACCUGACAAGAAGGAGGUCAAGCAGGACUCACGCUUCCAGUUCAAGCUAGACUCUAAAGGAAAUGAUUCAUACUCUGCUAUUCUCCAGAUUAAGGAUCUCGCUGACAGCGAUGCAGGAGGCUAUCGCUGUGCCAUCGUUAAUCCCCAUGGAAAGGGAAAUGCUAAUUUCAAUUUGAAGCUCACUGGUUUCUCGUCCCCGACUUUUGUGGAGAAACCUCAAAUAUCGUCACGAGAUGAUGGUCAGGUUAUGGUUAUGGAAUUCCGAGCAAAGUCUAUCCUGAAACCUACGUUCGUCUGGCACAAGGGAGAUGAAAUUGUGGCGCAGUCCGACCGUGUAAACAUCGUUCUGAGGGAGGAGGCUAACCAGAUCUACUAUGCUGCACUUGAAAUUAAGGAGCCCACAAAAGAGAAGGACGCCGGCCAGUUCAUUUGCACAGCUAAGAAUGAUUCUGGAAAGCUCACAGCCACCUUCACCGUGAAAUUCGAAGUACCCCAGGGAGCUCCGACCUUCACGCGAAAGCCCCAAAUCCUGCAGGUUACUUCUGAUUCUGGAGAUCCAGCCAUUGUCUUCGAUAUUGGAUAG